AUGGGACCGGUAACUGGAGGAGAGGAACACUUGACCCACCAUUUCAGUUGGGCCAACUUUUUCCCUCAAUAAUUUCUUUUUCGGAAAAAAUAUUUUUUUCUUGAUAAGAAGGUGGCAGUAACAUUGUCUGACCACUACGGAUUUAUUUCAACUACUAAUCGAUCUUAGAUCAUUUUGAUGCAGCAUUUGAGGUGGGUUUGUUUUCAAUUUAGUAUAACAUGAAAUUAAUAUCAGAAAAGGAUUUGUGGAAUCUUAUGCCUAGUCUAAUAUUGUUUCAUUUCAGAUAAACAGUCAUUUUGUUCUUGAAACAGAUUCGAGUGCAAUCGUAACCAUUUACUCAAUGUUCGGCUCACUUUGGCGGAAAUUUAUGCGGUUUGAGCAGCCGCCCAGAGACUCGGAAGCAAUCGCCGAUGGGCUUGAUGGUAAGUCAUUAGCUUCACUUUGCUCUAUGUUUAGAUAUGAUAUUCUUUGAGCGACGACUGACUGAAGUUGUGGCUGGUUCACAACCAAAAGCCGUCAGGUGGAUGAGUAGGUUAAUAUUGUCGUUUUUGAAACAUAAAACUGUUUUUCAGCUGUGUUAUUGGUCACUUUUGUUGCCACAAUUGUCUCAGCAUACUUUUGGGUACUAGACCCAACAAUCAGAUAUGUGAGUUGUUUUGCUUUGAGCCGACUUUAUCCUUGUUUGUUUAGAUCUCAUUCACAGAAAGUUUAACAAAACAUCCUGUGUUUUCCACUGGGUUUGUCACUCUGAUAUUGUUGUUCACGGUUAUUGGCGUGCAGAAGCGUGUAAUAGCACCCAAAAUGUGAGUAUUUUCUUGAAUUUUGAUAGUCUUACAGCCAUCUCUAACACCGGAUGUCAAGUGUUAUAAAGUUUUUUAUUUUUAGAAUUGCUGCGAGGUGCCGAAAUGUUUUGGUCGAUUUUUAUCUCAGCUGUGAUGAGGUAAGCUAGAUAAGUUUUUCAUUUUUGUGUUUAGCAAGGUCGUCUAAUCGUCCGCCCAACCCAUGGACUUGGGGGUUACCAAAAUGUGGCUCCAAAUUACAGCCCUCCCCCUCCGCCACCGCUUGCUUCCGAACUGCUGAUGUCUGAUCCAGAGGAAGCCAAGAUCGAGAACAUGAAUCGACAAUCACCGACGGCGGCGUUUGAGCACAUAGGAGCUGAGAGGCCGCGAUGUUCAGAUGAUCUGGACAAUCUUUCCUUAUAG